CCGGGGCCUCCUGUGCGAUUUACUCUUUUGCCCGCCCCUUCCCAACCUCGCCCCCUUCCCGGACCUUGAGAGCCUGUUUGUGGUUUGAACUCGCGCCUGUUUAACUGUGUGAACAAUGAUAGAGCUUCGCAGUCCAGCUGAAGUCAAACCAUCCAUGGCCCAUGAUCACAGGGUGUUGUAGCAGUAAGAUUUUUUCUGCUACCUCAAAUUUUUGGAAAGAGGAAGGCAAAUGGAACUACAUGAUUCUUCGAACAUGUAGUGAUCAUUCCAGUGUUACAGACGAUCGCUGCCUUUCGCUAAGGAUGUCUGGGUCUCGUAAAGAGUUUGACGUGAAGCAGAUUUUAAAAAUCAGAUGGAGGUGGUUCGGUCAUCAGGCAUCAGCCCCUAAUUCUGCAAUUGAAAGCCACCAGGGAGACUUCUGGAACAGAGGACAAAAUGUAACAACUGGUGGCACAAAGUUUUUAGAUUCAGGUAACCUACCUUUAACAUCAGUUGGUUACAGAAGGUCCAGCCAACAGGAAUUCCAGAAUUCACCUCCCUGGCCAAUGGCAUCCACCUCGGAAAUCCCAGCGUUUGAAUUCUCAGCAGAAGACUGUGGAGGGGCACGGUGGCUUAACAGACAAGAAACAGAUGGUAGAGCAAGUGAAGAAGAAAAUGAAUCGGACAGCAGUUCAUGCAGAACCUCCAGCAGCAGUCAUACCUUAUCAUCGUGUCAAGCUAUGGAGCCCUGUACCUCAGAUGAAUUUUUUCAGGCUCUCAACCAUGCGGAACAAACUUUUAAGAAGAUGGAGAAUUAUCUUAGGCACAAACAGCUCUGUGAUGUGGUGUUAGUUGCUGGUGAUCGUAGAAUUCCAGCUCACAGGUUGGUUCUCUCCUCUGUUUCGGACUACUUUGCAGCAAUGUUCACUAAUGAUGUGAGAGAAGCAAGACAGGAGGAAAUCAAGAUGGAAGGUGUAGAGCCAAAUGCAUUGUGGGCUCUGGUUCAAUAUGCAUAUACAGGUCGCCUUGAAUUAAAAGAAGAUAAUAUUGAGUGCCUGUUGUCUACAGCUUGCCUUCUUCAGCUUUCUCAGGUUGUAGAAGCCUGCUGUAAAUUCCUAAUGAAGCAGCUUCACCCCUCCAAUUGCCUUGGAAUCCGAUCUUUUGCUGAUGCACAGGGUUGCACUGACUUGCACAAGGUGGCUCACAAUUACACUAUGGAAAACUUCAUGGAAGUAAUUAGAAACCAGGAGUUUCUUUUGUUGCCAGCCACUGAAAUUGCAAAGCUUUUAGCAAGUGAUGAUAUGAAUAUUCCUAAUGAAGAAACUAUACUGAAUGCACUACUUACAUGGGUUCGACAUGAUUUGGAACAGAGAAGGAAAGAUCUCAGUAAACUCCUGGCUUACAUUAGACUGCCUCUUCUUGCUCCACAAUUUCUGGCAGAUAUGGAAAAUAAUGCACUCUUCAGGGAUGACAUUGAAUGUCAAAAACUCAUUAUGGAAGCAAUGAAGUACCAUCUGUUGCCAGAGAGACGACCUAUGUUGCAAAGUCCUCGCACCAAACCUAGAAAAUCUACAGUGGGCGUGCUGUUUGCAGUUGGAGGAAUGGAUGCAACAAAAGGAGCUACAAGCAUUGAAAAGUAUGAACUUCGUACAAACAUGUGGACUCCUGUUGCAAACAUGAAUGGACGAAGAUUACAGUUUGGAGUUGCAGUCUUAGAUGAUAAAUUGUAUGUUGUUGGUGGCAGAGAUGGACUGAAAACAUUGAAUACUGUCGAGUGCUAUAACCCUAGAACAAAAACAUGGAGUGUAAUGCCACCUAUGUCCACUCAUCGUCAUGGUCUUGGAGUAGCUGUAUUGGAAGGUCCCAUGUAUGCUGUAGGAGGACAUGAUGGCUGGAGCUACCUGAAUACAGUAGAAAGAUGGGAUCCCCAGGCUCGUCAGUGGAACUUUGUAGCUAGUAUGUCGACUCCAAGGAGCACUGUUGGUGUAGCAAUAUUAAGUGGAAAGCUUUAUGCAGUUGGUGGUCGAGAUGGAAGUUCUUGUCUUAAAUCAGUAGAAUGUUUUGAUCCUCAUACAAACAAAUGGACCCUCUGUGCUCAGAUGUCAAAACGAAGAGGUGGUGUAGGUGUAACCACCUGGAAUGGUUUCUUAUAUGCAAUAGGUGGUCAUGAUGCCCCAGCAUCAAACUUAACAUCCAGGCUGUCAGACUGUGUAGAAAGGUAUGAUCCAAAAACAGACAUGUGGACUGCUGUGGCUUCCAUGAGCAUUAGCAGAGAUGCAGUGGGAGUAUGUCUUCUUGGUGACAAGUUGUAUGCUGUUGGAGGAUAUGAUGGUCAAACAUACCUUAACACAGUGGAGUCUUACGACCCCCAGACAAAUGAAUGGACACAGGUCGCACCAUUGUGCUUGGGAAGAGCUGGAGCGUGUGUUGUGACUGUAAAACUGUAAAUUAUUUUCUCUAUGAAGGUGACAUUCUCCUCUGUGGACUGAGAUCUCUCUUUUCCUCAAGCAAACUACCAGUGCACCAAUAAAAGCCAGGUGCAGGAUGCCUACCACAGCGAAGUGUUUGGUCUCAAGCUAACAUGUACAUGCUGUUCUUAUGGACCAAUAUUAAGCACUUUUUUAAAAAAUUGUCCUUGUUACAAGUACCUGUGUUACAAGAAUUCUAUUUGUAAGAAAACCAGCUGCAAGCAGCCAGUUGCCAGCAGUGGACUUCCAUUUAGGAAGUGCUGAGAAAUUAGCGAACUUGCUGUAAUAAUCAAAUGUUACAGAUGUAGGGCUUAGAUGUACAAGUACGCAGAGGAAUGAUGCUGCAAAUGGAUAUAUUUCCACAGAUAUAAUUAAGUCCAUCUCUGGGUGAAACAAAUUACAGGAUUGGACCCCAUAUAUUUAAUUUGCCUAUAAUAACCAUGUUUGGCUAUUGAUAUCUGAGCUGUUACAAUGCAGGCUGGUGAACCAAUGCAAACCAUUGUAAAUGGCAGGCAUAAUCCCUUCCUUGGAAAUGAAGUUGUGUAUUUGAUGAAUCUUUUGCACUUUUAUCAUCAUUCCUAGUUUAGCAACCUUUUUAUUUAACCAAAGCCUUAUUUUAAAUAUUGUCUUAUGCUAACAGUAAUCUGCUAUUUAAUGAUUUCUGCUGGGGAUUUUUGACAUCCAGUGUACUUUUUGAAGUUUCAGAUUUUUAUGUGACGCAGAACAUCAUACUUUUUUCUCUACUUUGGUUCUUAUAUUUACUUUUGCUAUUUUCAAGGAAAAAUAUAUAAGCAUGAGUUAUUGGAAGAAUUCUAAAGUGUGAUUAAGUUAACCAAUUUAAUAUUUGCACUUUGGAAUUUUUGAAGCAUUCCAUUACAUCCAUACUAAUUACAGUUUUACACGAAGCUUUGCACUAAUUUGAAAAAUAUAAUUUUGUAAAAUGAAAUUAAACAAUUGUCUGUCUUUCCAGCAAGGGCCCGAUCCUGAAAGAUGCUCAACUGGCACCAUUUAGGCAUGUUCAGCAUCUUACAGGAGAGUUACACGUGCCUCGCGGGGUUAUAUCAAAUUAGUUACCUUAUUUAACAGUUACCUAAUUUUUUUCAGAUACUUUAUUAUUUGCCUUUUCUUAAGCCCUAUGCUGUUACAAAGAAUUGUUUUGAACGGUCUGAAUGUUCUUGGAAAGUCUUUUUGUAUUUGCUUUUCUGUGCCUUGUUCCUUAGGUGUUCAGAACAGUAGGCAAUGUGUGUGUGCCAUGGGGAACAGGAAGAUGCGAGCUCAUUGAAUGUUUUUUGGAAGUGUCCCAUACCCAAGGUCUUUGUACAUUUGUAAUUUUAAAUGUGUUAAUGCUCUCAGUGAACUAUUUAUUGUUUGAAAAGAAAUUACUAAGCAAUGAACCUCUGUGAUGAGCCCUGCACUGUUUGCAGUUGAAUACAGCUGAACUUCAACCCCUU